AUGGAAACAGAAUCUAAAAUAUAACAAAGCCUCUUAAUUUUGCGAUAAGUCUCCCCUCCAGUAUUUGGAUCAUUGCAUCAUAACAGAACUCCUAAUUUGGAUUAAUUGGACUAACUUGCAUAAAUCUCAGUAAUGAGGAGAAAGAAAUCAAAUGAUCCCCACAAAACCGAACCCAUCUACACUGACAUCCGCAGAAAAUACAAUAAAAUAGAAAGAAGAAAUCAACAAAAUAAUUAAAACUAAGUAACCCUCAUUGCCAUACUUGCCCAAAAAAUAAAAAGAAUUUUAUAAUAAAUGAGGUAUCUUUAAAAGCCUGAUGUAGUGGAAUAGCAAUAUUAAGGUAUUUAUGUCUAUCUUCAACUUUUAGAUGAAUUGCACUUUUAUAAAAAUAUGCAUAAUAUGUAUGUACAGUAUAAUCCAUUCGAUCAAAAGCUACCUGAUGAUCUUAUCAAAAAGAUUGGUUACAAAGAGAGAACAGAGGCACUCAAAGAAAUAUUGAAAGGGCAGAAGUAGAUAAUUGAAUUUAAAAGGAAUUUAGAAAAAGAAAAAUAAAGGGUUCCUGAAUUUAUAAAAUAAUUAGUAGACUCUGAUAAAAAAAAAUAAAAAAAAAAGUCAUACUCAUGA